AUGACAUUCACUACAAGACAAUGUCGAACCAAAUUGUAUUCACCGACCGAUUCGUUCAAAGCAGUGAUAACCUUAAUCCGUGACAACACCACCAAUGACAAUAAACCGAAAGGCGUCAAAACCAGUUUUAACGGGGUCUCUAUGGAAAUCUACCCCAAAGACGAUAUUUUUAUUAAGUUUGCCUCUGAAGAGGUCUUAUACAAGAAUUUAACAUUCGCCUUAUGUCCUGCGCCAUUCGAAAAGGCAAUAGCACAAUUAUUAUCAGAUUCAUUCAUGGUCUCACGAGGUGAAUUAUUGCAUAUCAUCGUAGUCUAUUACACACAAAUUUGGGUGACUAUUAGUCAUCGGUCUCCUCGACGAAAAGGAGUCUAUUGGGUGACACGAGUAUUGCCACGCCACAUAUCCAACAAUGCCAAUAUGGUACCACUACUGUCACGAAGAGGAUCAUACGAAGUAUAG